CACUAGGGGUGCCAGUGGUCCAUUAAAUGAAGUGGAGAUUCCCAAGAGCCAAGUAUAAUAUUUAGGUCAUAAGAUAAACGACAUUUUGCACAGAAGCCAACACUCUCGCUCUACCUUUUGUGGGUGUAGCUGGUUUAAAAGUCUUGGAGGACGAAUUGUCCUUUUAUUAUUUUGCUAACAAUUGUCGUGAGACAGGAGACUUGCUCCGUCACAACAUCAGCGCUACAUUGCUUCACUUGGGUAAGCUAGCUGUCACAUAUCCCACCGCCGAAGAGGAUUCCCAUCUCUAUUCUUAAAAUAACACGUCAAGGCAUCACCCCACCCCGAGGUUCACAUCUGAUGGAGCAGUUGUUAGUGUUUGCAGAGAGGCACCAUGUUCCCCUGUCACGUAAGCGCUUGGCCCGCCGCUGAGCCUGCCGCCAGCUCCCGCGGCGGUCAUGUACCAAUGACGCAGCCCUCGAAGCUGCUCCCCGAUCUGCUGUGCAGCUGUCCCCCGCCGCCGCUGAGCGCCCACUCUGAAACGCCCUCACCAGACCCCAUGGACUCGCUCAUUGUGGUCACAGAGUGUGAACCCAGCAGCCGAGCGUCUGGAGGGCAAGGGGACGAGGAGGAGGUGGAAGAAAUGGACAGUUCCGAAACGCCGCCCUUCCACACCCCGUCUUGCGACCUGCUCUCCCACACGGUGCGUCGCUCGGAGGCUCUGCUGCCCGCCGGCGAGGAGCAAAGAGCACGCUUGAGCCUGUCAGACAGGAAACUGUCGCUGCAGGAGCGCUCGCACACGACCAUGUCGCCCUGCAGCUCGCCAGGACUCAAUGGCCGCUAUAUUUACCCGUCUUUACCUUACUCCCCCAUCACAUCGCCCCACUCUUCUCCACGCUUGCCCCGCCGGCCCACCGUGGAAUCCCACAGCGUCUCCAUCACGGACCUCCAGGACUGCGUUCAGCUCAACCAGUACAAGCUGAAAGACGAGAUUGGAAAGGGCUCCUAUGGGGUUGUCAAGCUGGCUUACAACGAAGAUGAUGACACGUACUAUGCCAUGAAGGUUCUGUCCAAGAAGCGGCUGAUGAGGCAAGCGGGCUUCCCACGACGACCCCCUCCUCGAGGAGCCAAAGCGGUCCCCGAGGGCCCUCCACAACCUAAAGGUCCCCUGGAACGGGUCUAUCAGGAGAUCGCCAUACUGAAAAAGUUGGACCAUCCUAAUGUGGUGAAACUAGUAGAGGUUUUGGACGACCCCAGUGAGGACCAUCUGUACAUGGUGUUUGAGCUGGUCAAACAAGGGGCGGUGAUGGAGGUGCCGACAGAUAAACCUUUCAGCGAGGACCAGGCUCGCUUUUAUUUCCAGGAUCUGCUCAGAGGAAUUGAGUAUUUACAUUAUCAGAGGAUCAUCCACAGAGACGUGAAGCCCUCCAACCUGCUGGUGGGUGAGGACGGACACAUCAAGAUCGCGGACUUCGGCGUCAGCAACCAGUUCGAGGGGGCCGACGCCCUCCUGACGAGCACCGUGGGGACGCCCGCCUUCCUCGCCCCUGAGACGCUGUCAGAGACCAGGAAGAACUUCUCCGGCAAGGCUUUGGAUGUUUGGGCCAUGGGUGUGACGCUGUAUUGCUUUGUCUUUGGAGUGUGUCCAUUUAUGGAUGACCGCAUCCUCAGCCUGCAUCAGAAAAUCAAAACGCUGCCAGUGGAGCUACCAGAACAUGCUGACAUAUCAGAUGACCUCAAAGAUUUGUUGCUAAAAAUGCUGGACAAGAAUCCAGAGAGCAGAAUAUCCAUUCCACAGAUGAAGGUGCACCCGUGGGUGACUCGGCACGGCGCCGAGCCCCUCCCUCCGGAGGAUGACACCUGCUGCAUGCUUAUUGAGGUGACAGAGGAGGAAGUGGAGAAUUCCGUCAAACACAUCCCCAGCCUGGCCACCGUGAUCCUGGUAAGAACCAUGUUGAGAAAGCGCUCUUUCGGGAACCCCUUCGACUGGGGUCGUAAGGAAGGCUGCGGCAGUUUACAGACGAAACAGCAGCCUGGCGACGGCACAAGGAGUGUGGAUCUUCCCUACGUGGGAGAGGACGAGACUCUUUCUUGAUGCAACAGGUUGGAUUUAUCCUGUAUUCCCGCCGCGCCGACACCCCUUUACUUUUCUACCGUCCGACUCACACCUACUGUACUGUACUGUACUGUACUGUACGCUGCCUAUAUGUGGAAAUGGCAUGGCAAAGGGGGGACAAGGACAUUUAAGGGCAUCGUAUCCCCCUAUGAGACUGUGGGAACAUUCCAGGAGGAGAGGCUCCGUCCUCCUCCUCCUCGUCCUAUCUUUGCAUGCUUCUCUAGAGUUACAGUAGCAUGCUGAGUCUCAGGCUUCUUCUCCGUGUUCCACCGUAGUCUAGACUCCUUUUUGACAACACUUUCAGGUACGACAACAGCACACACUUUAUGAAGUCAGGGAGGACGUUCUCAGUCUUCAUCACUUUUAAGUACAAAAAAAACUCAACCAUUUCCACGCUUGUGUCCCGUCUUGUAAUAUAUUUGAUUUCAAAGGAAGCUAAAAAAAAAAGAAAAAAAAGGGAUGGACUGUUUACUGAAUGCACGUGUUCCUGGUGACUUUAUAAGCUAUUUUAACCUUUUUAAAACAAUAGAAAGCUUUAAUAAUGAAGGUGUAGUGCUCUGUGAACAAUCACACUCCAUCCCUCCGACAUGCUAGAUGAACAUUCUUAAUCUUUUGCAAGGUGCUUCUGGUGAAUCUUUAAAGGGUCCCUGGCAUGAUUGAUCAACUUUGCUUAAAUAUGUUACUGUAUAUACUGUUUGUAGUUAUGUUCUACAUUGUUCAGUUUUUGAAAGUAAACGGUAAAUUUGCUAAAUUUACAUUUAUAGCUCAUGGCGCCACUCAUGACGAGCUAGCUCUCGCUGUUCAGCCUCAUUUCUGGAAGUGGUGUCAUCGGUGUGACACCUCUCAGCCAAAGCAGAGUAAACAAAUGCUUCUCGAGGUAGAUCGUCGACUUGGUUCAGUAUAUAUCUCAUCAAAAUAGUAGUCAUGCCAAAAUGUUGUGUUGCUGCUGGAUGUUCACAGUAUCAGAGUUUGUUUUCUUUUCCAAAAGAGGAAGGUUUAACACUAAAAUGGAUGAAACAAGUGCAGAGAACGAGAAACAGAUGGAAGCCCACCUUGAAUUCUGUUCUUUGCCUUGAUUAUUUUACUGAUGACUGUUAUGAAGGAACACCUUUACAAGAAGCAUUUACUUGAAAGUACGGUAUAAACGCAUUUUGAAAAGGAUGCUAUUCUGGCAAUACACAGGAAAAAAAAGAUAACAAGAACAACAUCAAAGUUGCCACAGAACAGAGUAAGUCAUGUCUUGUUGUCUUCAUGUUUUCUAAACCUUUCCAUGAUAGUGACAAGGCUGUAAAGAAUUAUACAUGUUAUAUAAACAUCUUUUCACAGCGAUAUAUAUGUUUACUGUGAGGGGUGGGGGCGGCAGCAGCGAAAUAUAACAAAUCAGGCUAUAAAGACGCCUUCAGCCGGAAAAACAAUGAUUUACACAGGGGUGGCUCAGAUGGUACAGCGGUCAUCUCCCAACCUAAAGGUUGCGGGUUCGAUCCUAUGCCCUCCCAUGAUCAUGUUGAGUAUCCUUGGGCAAGAUACUGAACCCUCAGUUGCUCCUGGUGCUGCAUCAGUAGGUAAAUGUUUUAACAGUGUCAAAGUGCUUUGAGUGCCUUGGAGGUAGAAAAGCGCUAUACAAGUGAAAGACCAUUAACACUGACCAUUCUGUGUUUUGAAGGCGACCAAUCUUCAUCCCCAUGUCUUAAGGGUUAAGUCCAUGUUCUGCAAGUCCUCUAUUUCAUCUCCAAAUGCUUCUCCCUUCCUUUUUCCUCGAAAACUAUUGACACAGUGCGCAAAUCUUCGCUAUAAUCACAGUAAACAUCCUCUUUCUCGUACAACGCUAUGUUUGUGUAGCUGAGAGGUGUCACGCCGAUGAUGCCACUUCCGGAAAUGAGGCUGAACAGAGAGAACGACCUCGCCAUAGCUGGCGCCAUCAACUAUUAAUGUCAUUUUUGCCAAUUUAUCAUUCGCUUUCAAAAACUGAACAGUGUAGAACAUGAUUACAAACAAUAUAUAACAUAUUUACCGUAAGCAAAGUUGAUCAGUUAUGUCAGGGACCCUUUAAGUAAGUCACAUCACUCCAUAUACAUAUAAUCUAUCUAUUGUAUAGCUAGUCUUUGUAUUCAUUCAAACUCCCAACAUACCCACGUGCUUCUCUUCUCCAACCUCUAAGUGAAAAUAGGUUUUGUGUUGUUCAUGUUCAAAGGCACUGACCUUGUUUGCAAAGACACCAAAAAAAAACAGAAUUUUGUAUGUAAAGAACCUUUAAAUACAUUUUGAUGAUGAGGCAUUUUUUGUACAAAUCUAUGCAUGACAUAUCUAGAGGAGAAUUUAAAAAAAAGAUGUAGAUGAAAAGAUGUGCCAUGUCGAGGUGGACUUUAUAACCAACUUCUUUUUUUUCCAUGUCAUCACGGCAGUUCAAAUCACCGGAUGUGUCUAAUCAACAUGCUAGAAUAUUGAUCAUAUAAUCAAUGCUUCCUCACAACCAUCACGGUACGUCAGCACUGGUGUAUGUUGAAUGUAUACAAAAAAGGGAUUUUUUUUUUUAAGUUUCUUGCACAUUUCUCCAAGUCUGAUUUGUCUUGUUCUUGUUUAAAAUGAGAACUAUGCAUUCCUCUUGUUUUCUACUUUUAGUGCACCUACCGAGGAGUAUUAAUUAGCACCACACGGAAAAGAAAAAAUAAAUAAAUGACUGCAAGAAUAAUAAAGUCGUAUCGUUAUGAGGGGGGGAAAAAGUUGGAAUAUUAUAAGGUGUAAUUGUUGUUUUUAAAAAAAUAAGAAUAAUUUGUAUGUUAUUUCCCUGGGAAAACAGUUGUCUUACAAGAAUAAAAAGAGAAAAAAACAUACAUUUUACAAGAAUAAAGUCGUACUAUGAGAAUAAAGUAGUAGUGUUAUGGAGAAAAAAAAGUGAUAAUGUGAUGAGAAAUAGUCGAACAUUUACAAAAAAAAUUGUCAUGAUAAAACCAGAUGUACCAGAGUCGUCGCAAUUUUACAGGAAUAUGGUCAUUCAUUUUCCCGAGUCACGAUGUCAUGAGGGGGAAAAAAUUGGAAUAUUACAAGGGUAAAACAAGUAAUUUUUAUAGAGCUAAAAAGAAUCAGUUGUAUUUGUCCCUGGCAACAAAGACAUAAUCUUACAAGAAUAACGGCAUCAUGAGAAAAAAAAAAUGUAAGUACCGUAUUUUCCAGACUAUAAGUCGCUAUGGAGUAUAAGUUGUCUUUAUAGGAUGAUGUUUACAUUGUAAAUUUUCAGUGGUGCAGGAGUGGUAGGAGUAGGAGAAACUGGCACACGAGCCUAAAGCGCCCUCUCGGGGCUGUCAGUGUGAAAAAAAAACAUAUAUAAAUUGCUCGGACUAUAAACCACAGGACCAGCCAAACAAUGAAAAAAAGUGCGACUUGUAGUCCUGAAAAUACAGCAUAUAUUUAUAAUUUUAUACUUUGUGAUAAAAUAUCAAUCUUUUGAGAUAAAAAGUAAUUUUGGUUUUUUUCGCCAAUUUUUAAAAAAAAAUCUUGGCAGAAUAAAGUUGGGCUCUAAAGGAAAAAAGUUACAAUGUUACAAGAAUUGUCAAAUAGUAAGAAUAGAAAAUAAUUGGUGUUUUUUUUUCAAGAACAAAGUCGUAUUAUGAGAAUAAAGUCACAGUAGUACGAGAUUAAAGAUGUAAUGUUAAGGAGAAAAAACGUUUUAAAUUGCAUGUAAAUAAAGUAUUUAUUCGCGAUAAAAAUUGUAGGGGAACUAACGAUUAUUUUAAUAACUGAUUAAUCGGUCGAUUAUUUUUUCUGAUUAAUUGAUGAAUCGAAUGAAUUUAAAAAAAAAACACAUUUUUAAUUCCCGCUUCUGUAUUCAGAAAUAGAAGAUUUGAACUGAUAGAGCAAAUAAGUGCACAAACACCAGGUUGCUGCGUGAAUAUUCUGUCAAAUUGAUGUUAUAAAAUAAAAAAUCUAAAUGUUUGUCAAAUAGCUUUCUUAGUCGAUUAAUCUGAAGCUUGUUGUUUCAAUUAAAGGAGUAAUUGGUUCAAAUUAAUAUGAAACGAACACCCACCCUUAGCGGCUGGGUCCGCAACAUAUCAGAAAAGAGGCAAAAUUGCCCAUUACUGUUUUCCAAAGUCAAAGCUGAUAUGUGUGAAUAUCUUGUAUUGAUAUAUAUCAAUAUCUUGAUAAUAGUUCUGCUUUCAUGGAUGACUAAGAAAAUUAAAAAUAUAUUCACAUUUUAGAGGCUGAAAUCAGAGUAUGUUUAAAUAAAAAAAACGAUUACUCGAUUACCAAAAUAGUUGUCACUUCAUUGGGUAAUUGAUUAAUCAUUGAUUAAUCAGUUGAUUGUUGCAGAGCUAAAAAUGUGUUAAUUUACCAGAAUAAAGGCGUUGCAAUUUUACAGGAGUAUGGUCCUUAAUGUUGCAAAGUUACAAUGUUACGAUGUCGUGGAGUUGUAAUAAAACUUGUAAUGUCACGAGGCAAAGUUUUAAAGAUUUUACAAGACAAAAAAUUAUAAACCCAUGAAAAUAAUUUCUUUUUUUUUUUUCGAAAAAAAAGAAUCUUGGAAGAAUAAUGUUGGGCUCUUAAAGAAACAAAGUUGCAAGAAUAAAGCAGCAUUACAAAAAUACUAAUAUUAGAAAUAAUAGUAGAAAAUAAUUUCUUAAUCAAUAAAAAAAGCUCUAUUUUACAAGAAUAAAGUCAUAGUAAUUUGCAUUUUUUCUCAAGAAAAAAAGUUUUAAUCUUGCAUGAGUAAAGUUGGGCUCUUAAGGAAAAAAGUUGUAGUGCUACAAAAUUAAAGUCACUGCAUUAAUAGUCGUAAUUGUUUGGAGGAAAAAAACUUGUUAAUUUUACGAGAACAAAGUAGUAAUGUGAUGAGAAAAUAGUCGUAGUGUUACAAGGAAAGUAUUUUUUUUCCGAGGUAAAACUCUUUAUUUCACCAUAAUAAAGUCAUAUUUUGACACUCCCAAUUUUAUGCGAAUAUGGUCCUAAUUUUCCAAAGUUUAAAUCUUACUAAGUUGUGAAGUCAUGAGAAAAGUAAUAUUUCGAGGAAAAGUAUCCGAUUUUUUUAGAUAAGAAGUGAUGAGAAAAUAGUGGUUCUGUUUUUUUCCUGGAAUAAAGUAGUAACAUUUUGACAGUUGCAAUUUUAUAAAAUACACAAGUUUAAUGAAAAUGUAUUGUAAAAAAUGUAAAUAUAGUGCUGAUUUUCCGAGCAUAACGUUACAACAUACAUUUUACGUGCAUAAGUACAUAUAUUAUCAGCAUAAACUAAAUGAAAUAGUAACUUGUUUGGAUUUUUCUAUGUAUGUAUGUCUGGUAAUAUUCCAACUUUUUACUCUUUAAGGGAUAGUUUGGAUUUUUUGACAUGACGUUGAUUGACAUCCCCUUCAGCAGUGUAGUGCAUCAACAGUGACUCACCCCCACUUAGUCCCGUGAGUCCAGUUCUGGUCAGAUUUUGGUGAUGAGGAACGUAGUUCCGGUUAGUUGGUGGGGCCACUUAAGUAAAGAGUUCAACUAUCAUUUGCAUCACAAAAAUGCCUCCUCGGAAAAAUCAGACCUCACAAUCGCUCUGCGUUAAUCUGAACUGUCCCUUUAAUAAUCCAACUUUAUUCUUUUAACGCUACGGCUUUAGUCUGGGAGCUUUACAUGUUUCUUGUCAUGUUGCUACUUUUUAUUCCCCCCACCUGUUACUCCUUGGUAGAGCACAAUCAGAGUGAUACUCUGCAAAAAAAGAAGAUGAUAUUCAUGUGAUAUUCCAAAUUAGCUGUGCAAGGUUUAUGAUGGUCAUCGGAAUCUUGGAAUGAGGUGACGGUAAAACAAUUGAAUGUUUGAAUUGCUGAAUUAGUAUUUUCAUUUCCAUACGUUUACCAGUCAGAAAUUCAUGUUGACCUGGUGUACUGUAUAUGAUCUAUAUAAUCCUACGUCACAAUGCAUGCCAACACAAACACACACUGUAUACAGUCACAGCAUGCGACACAAAUAUACAAAUACAUACUUACUCUAUCUUCUUCAAGGGUUGAAUAAAAAUAUGACUAUAUUGGA